AUGACGGGGGCAGAGCAGUUCUUUAUUCGAAUGUUGGCUGGAUCAGAAGUGACGUCGAUGAUCAACCCCGCGUCAAAGAAGAGUGCAAACGUGAUGAACACGGUGAUCAUGGAGGCGAUCCCAUUCGUCGCGUUCCGAAAUCACGGCAUCACAGCAGCGACUAUGAUCAAAGUGGCGUGGACUCUGGUUCUGGCCAACCUGGCCGCAACUUCAGACGUGGUCUAUGGAUACACGGUGUCAGGACGGAACUUGCCACUUGAGGGCGUCGAAUCUGUCAUUGGCCCUUGUCUGAACGUUUUGCCUGUUCGAGCGAACAUGAACAACACGAACACAAUCCUCGACCUUCUAUAA